GCGGAGCCAAACAAGGCGCCGGGGGAGGACCGAGGGACGGGCGGAGAGCGUGCAGCGGAACCCAGUGACUCCGAGCUCCGUGCACUUAAUGAACUAUAGCACCGGGAGUGGACUGUUGUUGGUGGAGAACGGAGCGUCGACCCGAGCCGCAUGUGCUCACUCGAGAGCGCAUUGAAAACUUGUGCUGCUGCUGCUCCGCCUGUGGGACCGACGUGAGAGGAGCUAAUCUCCGUCUGCACACGGGCUGGUAUCUGAAGCUGCAAGGCAAGGACCACCAGAGCGACCCCAACGCCGACCUCUGCCUCCCCUCUCUCUCACUCCAUGCCUGCAUUGAUGUGGGGCAGCGGGAGGGGAGCGGCACCACCAGCUGAAACUUACAGAAAUACUACAAACUGAAUGCGUGGUAUUUAAAGAAGUUGUGUUUGGAAAGCUGUCAUGGAGAACAACCAAGCGGGCGAACCUCAUGGCUGCGAGGACGUGCGAAAAAGCGGCUAUCUCCGUAAGCAGAAGUCCAUGCACCGUCGCUACUUCGUGCUUCGGACCGCUUCGGAGCGUGGCCCGGCCCGGCUCGAGUACUAUGAAAGCGAGAAGAAAUUCCGUGGAAAGGCCCCCGUCCCGAAGAAAGCCGUGGCACUGGAGACAUGCUUUAACAUCAACAAGCGGGCCGAUUCCAACAAGCACAUGAUCGUCCUGUACACGCGCGCCGAGAGUUUUGCCGUGGCCGCUGAGAACGAGACGGACCAGGACGAGUGGUACCAGGCCAUGGUGGAGCUGCAGUGCAAAUGUAAAAAUCCAACUGACAACGGGGCUGCAGAGGACUACGGUGUACCCAACCCUGGACCAGCAUUCAAAGAGGUCUGGCAGGUGAAGGUGUGGCCCAAAGGCUUAGGUCAGGCCAAGAACCUGGUGGGGAUCUACCGCCUCUGCCUCACGGACAAGACCGUCAACUUUGUCAAACUGAACUCAGACGCUGCUGCUGUUGUUCUACAGCUGUUGAAUGUGCGACGAUGUGGUCAUUCUGAAAACUUCUUCUUUGUGGAGGUGGGACGAUCCGCCGUCACGGGCCCAGGCGAGUUUUGGAUGCAGGUGGAUGACUCUGUUGUGGCUCAAAACAUGCAUGAGACCCUGUUGGAAGCCAUGAAGGCGCUGAGUGAGGAGUUUCGCCAGAGGAGCAAAUCUCAGUCCAGCUCUGGCCCUGGAGGCGGGGCUACAGCCUCUAACCCCAUCAGCGUCCCCUCACGUCGCCACCACCCAAACCCCCCUCCCAGCCAAGUGGGCUUCACCCGCCGGCCCCGGACUGAACCUCCUGGAGGUGCUAAUGGAGGUGGCGCUGGUGUGGGCAGUGCCAAUGCCUCACCUACUCCGAGGCACAGCUUUCCCAGAUCUCGUACUGCCAGUGAUGGAGGUAAGACUGAGGAAGGUGGAGCUGGGACCACACCUCUACAAGGACCAAGCUCCAGCCCCUCUAUCAAUGGCUCCUGCUCUACCACCCCAAUCCUCAGGUCAAAAUCCACACGCUCGGUUCCUACAACAGCUGCUAAAACUCUUGGCCUGAUGCGCUCAAUUUCCACCCCAGCGUCAUCUGUAACUCCAAACCUGUCAUGUAGCUCAGGCCAGGGCUCAGAUUUCAGUGGUGUACCAUCUUCUGCCCCUGGUGCUGGCUCUGGUGCAUAUAGUCGUGUGCCCACUCAUCGCGCGUCAGUGUCCGGUUCCCCCAGUGACUAUUGCUCCUCUGAUGAGUAUGGCUCCAGCCCUGGUGACCACACCGUACUGCCCUCCCCAAGCCUCCCUGGGAGCUCUAUGGGCAGUGUAGGGAGCCAGUCAUUAGGAGAUGAAGGAGCCAAUUAUAUUCUAAUGGGGCAGCGAGGGGGUGAGGCUGGCAGCGCUAAUCAAGGAAGUUUAACUAAUAGCCCUAAGCCGGUAUCAGGCACACCAGCCACGCCAGGCAGCAGCGCUCAGUCUCAGAGCAGGAGAGUUUUGCGGCGCUCUUCUAGUCGUGAAUGUGAAGCAGAGCGGAGGUUGCUAAGUAAGCGGGCGUCACUUCCUCCGAUGGCUCUGGAGAGACUGGCACCUCGUCAGCGGCGGGCAGAGGAGCCAACAGACGAAGAAUCUGCUGACUACGCCAUCAUGUCUCGGAGUACAAGCAGAGAAUCUUUCACUUCGACGACUCCUUCCACACAAAGACAAUCAGUUGCUGGUGGGAGUGUUGGAAGUGGAUACUUGGAUGUAGCCAGCGAGUUUAAAACUGAAGGAGGAGGUGGGAAUAUAGAUGUAGGCGUGGACAAUGGGUAUAUGUCAAUGUUGCCUGGCGUUACUCAACCCCAAGCUACAGUGUCCCAAUCCAUGGCCGUGUCUGUCCCUGAAAUGGACUCUAAACCUGCAGAUGACUACAUGGCAAUGACACCAAAUAACAGUGUUUCCCCUCCACAACAAAUCCGACCUCCAGCCUCUGAUGGUUAUAUGAUCAUGUCUCCCAACAGCAGCUGCUCUCCGGACCAGCGAGGGGGACUGUCGGGUGGGGCUUGGGUGAGCAGUGGCAGUGCAGAUAGCAGGGCAGGAAGUGACUAUAUGAACAUGUCCCCUAUCAGUGCACGCUCUGUCAAUGGCAGUCCCCCUCCUCCAGAUCAUACUGGACAUUUGGAAAACAGUUCUCAUCAACAAACUCCCAAGAUGGUUUACUCUUACUACUCUCUGCCUCGCUCGUACAAGCAUAACCCAUCUGGACAUUUCGAUGAUGGGCCGGGGAGAGGCAGGAGGUCCAGCGCCAGCAGGGGGAUCGGAGGAGGUCGGGCUGCGUCUGGACGGCAAGAGCAAACUGCACCUGCUAAUUCAGUCGGCAGUCGUCACCUGUCACUGUCAUCGUCCUCUUACUCCUCCAGCUCGGCCAGCAGCGAAAGUCUGGGGGAAAGCGAAGAGAGACCCCCACUCGGAGCAAGUAAUAAAGCAACCUCAUCUCACCUCAAAGAUGGGAACAAGCCACUGCAGAAACAGACUUCGAAUGGACUGCCCAAACAAGGAGGUCACACUAAAGGUCACACUAAAAGCAGACCUGUGAGCUUGUUCGUCGAUAUUUCAAAAGCCAAUACGCUUCCUCGUGUGCGGGAAAAUCCACUGCCCCCAGAACCCAAGAGUCCCGGGGAGUACGUUAGCAUUGAGUUUAAGGAGGAGAAGAGCAGCCAUGUUCGUGUGGGAGGAAGUCGUGGGCGGGGCCUCAGACAUGGCCUAUCAAUGCCCCAUGGCUCCAGUGCCCAGCAAACCCAGAACAGACCAGUUUCUUGCCUGGGUAACUUUAUACCUCUGUCUCGUAGCCCAUCCGCCCCCAUCACCCCGCCAGCCGCUUCAGAAUAUGUCAACAUGGACUUGGGCCCCUCUCCUUCCCCCUCACCUCAUUCACACACCCCGUUAGUCUUCCCUAGUUUCCACAGCCCACCCACUCCUCCAGUGCUUGCCCAUGCACCCAAAUCUAGCAAUGAGGGUGCAGCCAGUUUGAAUGAAGAGCAGGUGGAAGUUGCAGAGGUACCACGUCGCAAAAGCAGAGAAAAAGCCCCCUCCGUUACCGAAUCAGAGUCGCCAACAUCCUGCAGCGACUACACAGAGAUGGCAUUUAGCUUGAAUAGCAACGCCACGGCGACGAGUGUCUCCCCCCAGGCUCCUUCACCGAACAGGACUGACCCCUCUGGCCCCGGCCUGUCUCGAGGUCUGGACUUCCCUCUCGCCAAAGGACCCAACCCAGACCACGGCGCCAAAGUCAUCCGGGCAGAUCCGCAAGGACGAAGAAGGCACUGCUCUGAAACGUUUUUGGCUCAACCACCCGUGCCCACCUCUGCGUCCACCUCCUCAAACUCCACUGCCACUCUUUUCCCAGAGCAUGCCCAGGCUGUGGUGCGGCGUCUGGGUUUUGAUGGCAUACUUUGGGGCAAUGGUGCUGUGACGGAGCCCCCCACCCAACCCCUUCCCAUAAACAGCCAGACUUCAUCCACAGAGCAGGGCCUUAAUUAUAUAGACUUGGACUUGGCCAGCAAAGAGGGACCCCAUCUCGGUUUGGACGGGCCUUCAGGAAGCCAGGCAGCCUCUCGUCUCUUCUCCCUUCUCACCGGGGGUUCUGGCGUUGGUGGGGUCGGGACAGCGGUCGUCAGCAGCAACAGCAACGCCAGUCUGAACACGUACGCAAGCAUUGACUUCUACAAAUCUGAGGAGCUACGAACACAAAGUGGAAGCAAGGAAGGAACAGAAUGCUGAUGUCAUAUCUGCAACCUUGUGGAAACAAUCUGGUACGCCUCAAGGAGUGUGGAAUGCCCCGCCCCUUCCUGUUGGACGUCCAAUCAGAAGAGAGAGCAGCUGGAAAAGGACACGCCCCUCAAGCACUUUGACAUAGACUGAUGGAUUUUUCCUUGUUGGUUGUGAAAACCAGCAUGCGUGUGUGCCAAAAGACUUUAAACUAAUAUAAUGCUGCUCUCAUUCCCUCAGUUAAAGCCAAUAACAGAAUGGUACAACAGAGACAGAGAUCAGUGUUUAUUUCUGAAAAAAAAUAAUAAUAAUAUUGUAUAGAUUACAAUGGUGGAAGAAUUUAGUUUGUAAAAUAUAUAGAAUUAUAUGUCAGCUCAAAAGUGCCUCAUUUUCAGAUCGUAGCCAUUUUACAAUAAUUUUAAUAUCGAUUAAACAGAUGCUUUGGUUUCAUGUAGAUUAAAGACAGCUCAAGAAUUCAUCUUAGAUCACACCAGUGUGAGCUUUUCUCUAUUAGCACUCUGUCUUAUGAUUUAGCAACACACCUAGUAUCUGUUCAAUAGGACAUACAAAUUUUCUACUUUUUUACUUUUUAACUUCUCAUUUUGCUGCUGCUGUUCAAAACAUAAAAGAGCCAUACAACAUAUACUUAAAAACAAAAGGCACUUGAUGGAAUAGCUUGUAAUUGGGCUAACACAAGCUAUGUCUGAUUAGCAUUUUAGCUCCAGCAGUAUUCACUGUGCUGCUGACAGCAGCUCCGGGUGAGACCCCUGAUCCAGAGCCAACCAAUCCCAUUAGCGCUGUUAGCUCCAGACACUUGUGUCUCACUUAAUCCUCUUCGUCUCAGGAUCCUCCAUAACACGCAGUACACACACCAGGACACACACCGGGACAGAUCCAGGACCAUAGACUGUUUAUAUAAAUGGACGCACUAGCCGCACUAGACGCACUAGCCGGCGCAUUCCAAAUCUCCCAUUGACUUACACUGAUGGGAAUAUUGUGUCUCCUCUCUCUGUGACUGAAGGUGUGGGACUCAUCAUUUUGGUCUUAAAAUGUUCGUAUUAUUUUCGCUAUUUUGUCAGUUUAAAAAAUUCUAUUCAUAGUAUAGAACCUGGCUCCAAAUUUGCCCCUGCGACCACUAGCAUCGCAAGCUUCAUUUGGAGCUGAAGACUGUGGUUGAUGUCACACUCACUUUGUCCACUUCUUUAUACAGUCUAUGCCCGGGACACACACUGGGACACACACUGGGACAGACCCUAUAAUAGCCAUGUUAAUGCUGGCUCUAGUGUUAGUAUGUUAAAGCUUAAGCACACUCUCAGUACAGUAAGGGCUCAGCAAAAACUGUCCAGUAGAAACAAUCACUAAAAUACUCAAAGCAUUUUAAGGUACUAAACAUUUUAAAGGUAUUUUAAUUUGUUCGAGGAUCUGAUUCAAAUUCUUGACUGGCUCUUGUUUUAAUCUGCGCUAUGCAUUAGCACUUAAGUGCCUGUCCCCUCUUAGCAGCUAUAGCACUGAUAGGGCUGCCCAACAGAAACUCAAGUUUAUUUUUGUGUCUAUUUUUCUGUACAGAAUUACAAAUGUUCAUAGUGACUUAUGUAAAGACAGCUAUGGCCCUUAUCAGAACAGUUCUGGCCAAUAUCUUUAUGUUUGAGGACUUUAUCAUUGAGCUGUGUGUGUGCCAAAUCACAACAGAGAGAAAAAAAAGACAGAAGUGAUUUGUUUUGUCCAAUCUCAACCUCAAGAAGUCUGAACCUUCAGCUCAAGAUGUUUUGUUUUGUUGUUUGAAAAUGUAAUCUUCUGUGGUCCUCUGUUUUGUUUUUCUUCUGGAACACAGGAGGGAAGAGCUGUGACCUAUCUCAGUCUGCUUAUGUGACGUGGUGAUAAAGGUCCUUGUGAAGACUUGCGUAUGCUUUAACCUUGAAUUUCUGUAUGUCUUUGAGGAUUCAAUAGAAAUGCAUGAUUUGAAAGAAAAGACCACAGCGCAAACUAAAAAUACUCCUCACUCAUCUGUCCAGUUCGUACUCAUGUGUUUGCUCAAGGAGCUUCCUGGUCACAUGACUGCUGGGGGCUUAUGUGAAACAAAGCAGCUUUUUCUGUGCUACAUAUUUGGUGCACCUAAUUAUUUUUACAGACUCAAAUGGGAGAUUUCAGUGUCAUAUUAUCUUUUUUGCAGGCAAGCACAUGACAUUUUGUUUCCAUUUAUUUAUAACUUCUAAUGAAACGCUUCAUCUUUAAAGGCCCUAUAUUAUGCAAAAUUGACUCUUGUGAGCUUUAAGUCAUGUUGUAAUGUUGUUACCUCUCCAAAAACAUAACUGGAGUUGUGUCACACAUGUUUGAGUAUUCUUUUAUAGGUCUGUCAGCAUCUCCAAAGCUUAAAAUGCUCUGUUCCACCUUGUAAUGUCAAGAUGCUGUAGUUUCCAAGAUGACAGCUACCUUUUACCUUUAGUUCAGUAAAGAUGAGCAAAUCCAGCUCUGAAAUCAUCCAAAGCAUGUUUGUGAUGAGGAAAUAACAUCACAUAGAUCAGAAAAUAGUGUAAUAUGGGCUCUUUAAAACACUUUUGGGUAUAAAAUGUAUUCUAAUUUGCAGAUUCAUUGUAACAUAUAAUUACUCAAGCUCAGGCAACUUGUGCAAGAUGGUGUAUGAUUUCACUCUACGCAUUCAUAGACAUUUUAAGAUACGCAGAUGUUUGCUGCUCAUGUUUGACUCAUUUAUAUUUUGUUUUCCUGAGGGACGGUACUGAACGGGAAUUAUGUUAAGAUUUUGCCAUUGAUGUGUAGACAGUUCUUUGUUGCUUGGUAAAAAUCUGACUAAACGAAUGAACUCAAAAAUGUGUCAUUGUGGUCUUUAAUUUCUGUUUGAGUGAUGAAAGUGGAAGCAGUGGUGGAAGAAGUACUCACUUGUGUUACUUAAAGGCUUCUCUCCAUGGAGAUGUUGCCUGGAAUGUUCCACAGUAUGGCAUUGCACUUAUUUAUCUUUACAGAGACAGCAAGUGACACCACUGGACCAAGUUACAUGUCAGAUCUGUGGAGAGGUAAGCCCACUCACAGU